AUGGCCAUACAAGAAUUAGACCAAGGCACCAUAGAUGGACCGUGGGGACCUUUGUUCAUCGGUCUGGUUGGAGGCGAGGGCCGCCCGUCUGAGGUUAUGUACAUUGAAUCGCACGGCCCAGCUACGACAAUAAAAGUUUCAUGGAACGGUGGUAGCAGUUACAGUGAUUUAAUUAUAAGUGUUGAUUUGACCCUAGCGCUGGAAUACGCCAUUUCAAAGCUUCCAGUAGGGUUGUCAGACCAGCUUCCACAGACUGUAGCCAGUGGCUAUCUUAAAAGGACUGGUUUCCACGUCGUUCCAGCGGGUUUUGAUAUGUGGCGCAUUUCAUUUGCCACUGCCGAGAAACACAUCCUGUCCGAUACUCCUGACGAGUUUAAAGCAUGUUACAGAGUUUUAAAGUACGUGAGGGACAGUGCCACAAACGACCUUGAUUUGGACGCAUCCUUAGUCCCAUCGUACAUUUUAAAGAGCGUCUUGUUAUCCCGGUAUUUUACAGCGGGAGAGGAGUCCCAGGAAAAGGAGUAUUGGCUCGAACAGGUAGAAGACACCUUAGGUGCUGUUUUGCAGGGGAUUAUGCAUGGAGAUAUCCAGAAUUUCUUUUUGUCAGGAUACAAUCUGCUGUCAACGACUGACCACAAGAACAAGUUGCGACAGAUCAUCGUGGAAAACAUGUUGAGUCUCGUGAGGGGUUUGAAGAUGACACACACUCAAGAAGAAGUUAGAGAAAGGAAAAGGCAAAUCAGAGUGCUAGAAAUUGUAGAUAUCCUGGAUUUCCUAUUGUCUGAAGGUCUUAAUGGCAGAGAUACUGCUGCGUUAUGGCAAAAAUUGUUUGUUAAUAUUUAUGAUGUUCCUUCUGAAGAAAGUUAUGAAGCCAAGUUCUCUAACCAGAUUACUAACCUGGAUAGGUUAGACCUUGAUGAAGAUGUAUAUGAAAAGCUCGUUCAAGAAUGGUCUGCGUUGGAAUAUCUUUUCGACCAACUGAUUGCUGUCCUUCCAGAAGACUUGGAAAUUUUGGCUCGUAAGUUCUACAUCCGAACCUGGGAAAAAAGGAAGAAAUUUGAACAGGAACAUAAGGAUAACCUUGCCCACUCCAUUCAGCAAUUAGCUAUUCAUGAAGUUGCCUGUGAACAUAUCGUGGAGUACGCUGAAAAUUACAUUGACGGAAAGGGCAAUACUGCAGCAAAUUGUUAUUCAAACCUUCACAAAGCACUUCCUCCUGAUUACAGAUCCCUUGGAUUUCUUCGGGAUAUUGCCAAUAUAACCUUACAAGAGGGAAGUGAUCGAGGACGUGCAGUAUUCAAAGAUAGCGUUAAGCAGUACAUGUCAUUGGUCCCUGAAUCAGUAUUAACGUCAGUUGUUGUUGGCUAUCUUAGCCAAAUAUUCUUUCAUAGCAAAGACGUGCUACGACGCAAACUUGACUACAUCAACAUACCGGAGGUAGAUCUCGAUUAA